UGCCAGCAGCGACGCCUAGCGCCGAAGCGACAGAGCGAAUCGUCACACUAAAGCCAAACGCCAGCACAAGCAGAGUAUUCAGCGUCCGUUUCGACCGGUAGCUGCCUUUGUCUCCACACCAGCAAACGUGAGUUUUAAAAGCAGUGAAGAAGAUACAACAAAAUGUCGGACGACAACUCUGCAGUAGUAGAUGAUCAGAAAAAGAAGCGAGGCCGACCAGCAAAAGCAGACAAGGGUGUAGCAAAGGAAGCAAAAAAGAGAGGACGACCUGCAGCAGAAAAUAAAAACAACACUGCACGUUCAAAAUCCGACAACGAAGAUGAUGCUCCUUCUGCACCUGCUAAGAGAGGUCGAGGUCGACCAAAGGGUUCUCACAAGAAAAAGGUAGGAGCUGCGAAAGGAACAGCACCGUCUUCUGGACGUGGGCGUGGCAGGGCAAAGAAAGUGGAAGAAAAGCCUGAGAGUACUGGCGAGGAAGAGGACGAACAGGAAGAAGAGGAAGAAGAAGAAGAGAACUGAGCAAGACAUCAAGAAUUUUUCUUUAAGACUUAUGAACUUUUUAAGUCUUUGAAGACUUCUAGGUUUUUAUAUAUCGUAGAUAACUCUUUUUGUCAAUAAACUCCCAGCCCAUUUUUUUAAAAAAGACUUCAUAUGGUUGACAUAAUCACGUGGGAGAAACAUUGUUCACGGGAAAUAAAUCCAUUGAGACAUUUUUCUCGAAAUAACACGACAAAUUGUAUUUAAAAAAAAACUUCAAACAUGCUAUUUGAAUCAUUUGGAAAGUGUAUUAAACUCUCACUAAUAGUCGAUCAGGUGAAAACUGUUCUCGUAAAUGCCCAACGAUGUAACACUAGUUCGGUUUUUCUCGAGUUCCGCAAUCAGCAGACUGUUUGUGGGCGAGCACUCACUUCGAGGUCAUUCACAAAAUACGUGACGCGUUUAGGGUGGAGCGAAGUGUACCCUAGUAUCAUUCUCCAUGUUAAGGCCAAUGAAAAAGUAUCACGCAGGGUGUGUGUGAGAGAGGGGGGGGGGGGUCCUGAAGUGCCUGAAAAAUGUAUCACGUAUUUUGUAUGGUCGCUUAGAUUUUUUAAACAUUUUGAUGAGAAUAUUUACAAUUUUAACUAAAGUAGAAAAAGUAGCAAUUUGGGUUUUUAGUAAAGUUUUAAAACAACCAAACUCAAUUUGAUGUACUGUGACUUGUAUCAUCAUGAUGUAAUCUUAAUAAUUUCUAAAGCCUAUACUAUGCCCCACACGCUUUAAUUCAUACCACUCUGUAAUAGCAUCAAGUGUAGAAUUUCUCGAUAAAUUAAUGUUGUGAUGAACAUAAAAUGGAAUAUUUCACGUAUGCUACGAGUGUGAGAAAGAACAUUUCUUUGUAAUAAAAUAAGAGCAAGUGAGUAAUUGAUGUCCUGUUUCUAACCAAGUAUACACUGUGAGUGAAUGUCAAAUUUGUAUUAAAGUAAAUAAAUUCGCAGAAUACUCCUA